GUCAGUCAAAGGACAUUUAAAUGGCUACACCGUGCAGAACUGUACAGUCGCUUGCGCUGUCAUGAAAUAACUUCAUUCUUAUUUCACCCCCGUUCAUUUAACAGCGGUUUGCUUUUCUGCAUUUCUUCUAUUGCAAACAAAGACUCGCGUCGCUCGUAUAUUAUACAUCUGCGCACGAAAAGCCCUAAAAAUGAGCGAGGAGGAAGAUACGUUAGGAAAAACUAGACAUGCAUUUGAAGAUCUGUGUCGAGCUCUGAAUAUGGAUGAGGAGUCGAGUAACGGGGCUUGGAGGAGUUAUGAAAAUAUCAGCAAAAAUUACACUCUGGAGGGCAGUGAACUGCACUGGUUAGCUUGUGCUCUGUAUGUGGCGUGCCGUUCAUCAGUGCCCACGAUAGGUAAAGGCACAGCGGAGGGCAACUAUGUUUCUUUGACCAGGAUACUGCGCUCUUCACAACAGAGCCUGAUUGAGUUUUUCAAUAAAAUGAAGAAAUGGCAGGACAUGGCCAACCUGCCCAAGGAGUUCCAGCAGAGCACGGAGAAACUAGAGAGAAACUUCACCGUCACCUCCGUCAUCUUUAAGAAAUACGUGCCCUUAUUCAAAGACAUCUUCAAGGCGCCCACAGAUGAAUUACCCAGAACGCACAGAGGCAGGAAGCAGAGACGACAUCCCUGCACCGUCACUGAGGUCUUCAACUUCUGCUGGAUCCUGUUCAUACAUGCGAAAGGAAACUUCCCAAUGAUCAGUGAUGAUCUGGUGAACUCGUAUCAUCUGCUCCUGUGCGCUCUGGACCUGGUUUACUGCAACGCUCUCCUGUGCUCUAGUCGUAAAGAUCUGCUCAACCCAGCUUUUAAAGGGUUGCCCGAGGACUUCAACAGCAAAGAUUACAAGCCUGGCCCGGGUUCAUUAUGUUUCAUAGAGAAGCUGUGUGAGCUUCAUGAUGGGCUGGUGCUGGAGGCUAAAGGAGCAAAGGAGCAUUUCUGGAAACCUUUCAUUAAGAAACUCUUUGAGCGCAAGGUUUUGAAAGGGAAGGAAGACACGCUGACAGGAUUUUUAGAGCCAGUGAAUUUUGGUGACAGUCUUGCUUCUCUGAAUCGUGUGUACGAGGAACACGUGUUGUCAUCUGGUUCUCUGGAUGAGAGGAUAUUUCUGGGAGAAGCGGCUAGAGAAGACAUUGGCACCCCAGGACCUUGUUUGUGUGAAGGAAUAGAGAACCAGGAACGAUUGACCAACCCGCUCCAAAACUCCAUGGCAGCAUCUGCUCUGAAAGUGUCCACUCCUUUGACGGGAAGGAGGUACGUGUCGGAGAGCAGUGCUGGUACCCCUAUUUCCACUGCGAUGCAGAGCGUGGGCCGUCUGCACACUCUGCUGACAGGAUUCAAAUACAGACCCAGCAUGAGACUCAGAGACAUUUUCAGAUCAUGUGUAAGAGACCCCAGUGAGUCAAUAGCAGCCAGACUGAAGGAGAUGUCAGAGAUUUUUCUUCAGAAUUAUGAAGGAACAGGAGACAAUAACAAGACUCUGGCAAGAGAUGUUGCAGUGAAAUAUUUUUGCUUGGCUGAGGCACUUUAUUACAAAUCACUAGAAGUGAUCAUCAACCAGGAAAAGAAGCGACUUGGAGACACGGACCUGUCUGGCAUUCUAGAGCAGGAUAUAUUUAACCGGUCACUGAUCGUCUGUUGCCUGGAGAUUGUCAUCUUCUCCUAUCGACCACCGGGAGAGUUUCCCAGAGUCCUGCAAAUCUUUGACCUCCCCGCCUAUCACUUCUACAAGGUGAUUGAGGUAUUGGUACGGGCAGAGGAGGGUCUUUUCCGUGAGGUAGUCAAACAUCUGAACCAUGUUGAGGAGCAGGUAUUGGAAUCUUUGGCAUGGAAAGGAAACUCCCCGCUGUGGGAGAGCAUCCGAGAAGCCAAGAACUGCGUUCCUGCCUGCCAGGAGGUAAUGCCUCCUCAACACCUGGAGGACAGUUCAGGAAGCAACACACAUACUCCCAACAAGAGUGAGUUCAGCAGUAACAUCACCGGAGCAGGAAAAGGAGUUUCUCCGUCCCCUACAUCUCUCCAUGACCGCUACAACUCACCUCCUACUGGCACGGCCUGUCGCCGCCUCUUUGUCGAUGGAGAUUCAAACUCCGAGCCUGCUCAACCAGUCAAAGUGGCCCAGCCGUCUCUGGUCAGCCCCAUCCCAGCUGGACAGACUGUGGUCACCAUGGCAACAGCGACUGUCACAGCAAACAACGGCCAGACAGUCACUAUACCUGUUCAAGGAAUAGCAAAUGAGAGCGGGGGCAUCACAUUCAUCCCGGUGCAGGUGAGCGUGACGGGUCAAGGUGGGGGGGCUCUGCCAACGCUCAGUGCCCAGGCUCUUACGGGCACCCUGACCGCCCAGCAGCUGACAGCAACACCUACAGUCCAGAACAACCCCAGCCCUGCCAAACAGGACAAGAAGAGCCCUCAGCAGGGAACACCCACCAAACGAGUACAGAAGACCGGCUCCCUCUGCCUGUUUUUCCGCAAGGUGUAUCAUCUUGCUAGUGUACGUCUAAGAGACUUGUGUGCUAAACUGGACAUCAGCGCAGAUCUGCGCAGGAAAAUCUGGACGUGUUUUGAGUAUUCGCUAGUGCACUGCACUGACCUCAUGAUGGACCGACAUCUGGACCAGCUCCUCAUGUGUGCCAUCUACGUCAUGACUAAGGUGACAAAAGAGGAUAAGUCCUUUCAGAACAUCAUGAAGUGCUACAGAUCUCAACCUCAGGCCAGCAGCAGUGUGUACAGGAGUGUGCUGAUCUCUGGGAGAAAGAGACGCCACUCAGGAAACAGUGAAAACACCCAUAGACAGUGCUCACCGACAGAGGGAGGACAAGAACAAGCCAGUGGUGAGAGCAGUCCCGUGUCCAUGCGCUCCAGCAGCACUCUGCCCAUUCCCCAGCCCAGCAGCGCCCCAUCCACCCCGACCCGGGCCCCUGGGGGCCCCCAAGAGCAGGAGGAGGAGAGGGGAGACCUCAUCCGUUUCUACAACCACGUCUACAUCAAACAGAUCAAACCGUUCGCUCUGCGUUACUCCAGCAACUCGCCGAAAAACGGGGCUGAAGCUCCUCCCCUUUGUCCAUAUCCAUCACUCCGCAUUGGCUCUCCACGCCGGGUGCUCCUGUCCCACAAUCACUCCAUCUACAUCUCUCCACACAAGACCGGCAGCCCAAUUUCUCCUCGAGACAAGAUCUUCUACUACGUCAGCUCCAGCCCAUCCAACCGGCUGCGGGAGAUUAACAGCAUGAUUCGAACGGGCGAAACGCCCACCAAAAAGCGAAGUAUCGCCCUGGAGGAAGAGCAACAGUCUCCCGCCAAAAGGCUCUGCCAGGAGAAUCAGACAGCUCUGCUCAGACGCCUACAGGAUGUGGCCAACGACCGAAGCUCCUCCCACUGAUGAGUCCCGUAACACCCGUAAAGACAGAAGUCACCCAAAAUCAGUGUUGUGGAUUGACAACCGCAUUUAAAGGGGUCAUAUGAUGUGAUUUCAUGUUUUCUUUGUCUUUGGAGUGUUACAAGCUGUUCGUGCAUUUAUAAGGUCUGUAAAGUUGCAAAGAUUGACGUCUCAAACCCAAAGAGAUAUUCUUUAUAAAAGUUAAGACUCAGCCACGCCUUGCUAAAACAGCUCAUUCAAAUGCCCCCAUAAAUCUACAUCAUGGUGUGGGAAGAUUUGCAUAACACCGCCCAAAUGUACAUCAAAUGUACGUAUCUUUUAUUCUCACUGUAGUAUGGUUGCACCCGCCGCCAUGUUGUGGAGACGCUGUGUUUCGUUGCAAAGGUGAAAGUACUUUGUUUGGCCUCAGUGAGUACAAAAAUCAGCGGUUAAGUUACAACACAAAUAUUCGAGCAGCGCAUUUUACGGAGGAUUGUUUCCUGAACCUGAGAGAGUAACCUACAAUGCCAACUGUGCACACUAUAAAGUGGGGCAAUUCCAACUUUGCACAGUCUGGCGCGUCUGACUCACAGCCUGUAAGUACAUUUUCAUACUUAAAGAAUUUGCUACUGACUUUUCAAAUGCGAGUUUUGUGCAGUGUAGAGUAGUGCUUGUUGUUUGCCGUUUCUACGAUCAGAAAUGCAGACAUGGUGUUAUGUUUAAAAAGACAGUAUGGGUCAUUAUAAUCAGUAAUUAUGUCCUCACUGGAUGCAACAAACGCCUUUGUUUAUAAUAGGUUUUAUUGUUUUAGUUUCGUCGCACAGCAUCACAACAUGGUAAGGGGCGUAACAUUUCUGUCACAUUCUUGAGGUAUUCGGCCAAUCACAAUGCACCGGAUAGCUGGCCAAUCAGAGAACACCGUGCUUUUCAGAACGAUGAGCUUUGUAAAAAUCUGCGUGUUUGAGAAGAGUGGGGCAGAGAGGAGCAACAACAAUGUACAGUAUGUGGAAAAUAAUGUGUUUUUUUUUUUUUUACCUCAAACCGCAUAAACACAUUGCAUUACACCAAAUACACAAAAUAAUGUUCUUUUUGUCUACAUCAUAUGACCCCUUUGAUUACAGACAUGAGUUUCAAUAUGCCCUGUCCACACAGCAGCUCAGAUAGAGGCUUGAAUACUCGAAUAAUCACGCUUGAACGUGCAGCUACAGUCAAGCAUGUAUUACAGCACAACAGUCAGGUCCUGGAAGUAAAAUUGUCAUUCAUGUUCUGCAUAGGGAAAUUGAUUUUUAACAAUAACUUAUAAACCUUCAAAAACAGACCUUCUGUGAGCUCAGAAGUUGUUAGUCGAAGGUAUAUGCUUUUGUUGAAGCCAUCAGUUUGCAUUAUUUCUAUGUGUAGCAGUGGAAUCCCUGGUGAAAAACUACAUUACCCAUGAUGCUCCACAGAAAAUUCCACCAAUCAGAGAGUCGCACCAGUAAAUCAUCCCAAAUGAGCAAAUAAUGAAAAUUCUGCCAUGUACUCACCCUCAUGUCGUUCCACAUCUUGACGAGUUUCUUUCUUCUGUUGAACACAGAAGAUAUUCUGAACAAUACUGGUAACCAAUGACUUCCAUAGUUUAUCAAUAUCAAAAAACUCAUAUAGGUGUGGAAUUGUGUCAAAAUAACUCAUUUUUGUUAAACAAAAAGAACAAAAGUAUCUGAUAUGAAUGACAUGAUCAUUUUGUUUUUGGUAGAAACAUUGCUUUAAAGCCAUUUUUAAUAAAUGGAUGGGCUAUAAAAAGAUGACCAUCUAAUUAAUCACAAUCAAGCCACGAUCAACCAAUGAUCUCAGAUAUUUUUGAAGCUAAAAGAGUAUUUUGUAGACAUAGAGUUUGCUUAAAAUGCUCGGAUGUGUCAUAAGACUGAAGGAGAUAUGAAGCACUUAACAAUGGAUUUGUUUGCAGAUCUUGCUCUGAGUUUACCGUGUGUUUUAUAAAGAGUUAUUUUUCAUAAAGAGUUUUAUAAUGUAUAGUGUCAAGAGAUGUAUGUGAACUCGAUGUGUCUGUGGAUUUGCUUGUCUGGUUUAUAUAUUUAUGCUAUUUUUCUAACUUUAGUUUGUUAGAUGAAUAACAUCAGGUAACAGUCAUGUUAAUAGUAGAAGGCGAGUGCUUUUUUGAUGUAUUUAUUUGCUACGUUGUUCUCUGCAUGUAUUAGAUGUGUUAGAAUCUUAUUACCUCUUCAGGUCUUUAAGGAAUUUAUUCAAUAGUUUCUGCUUGUUAACAUAAGAUCAUGUUUCCUUCCCUCGUUUCUAAAGAACGGCGUGUUUGUUGUAAGUGCCUUUUCUCCUGAACCUUUUGCCUUUCCUGAUAAUCUCUGUACUUUACUCUGAGUCUAACACAGCAGCCCAGCAUUAAAUUAUCAUCCAACGUUUAAUAAACUUUUUUUAAGAAAAAUGA